AAAGGUCGUUUUUGAGAAGUUACGGUUUUGAAAAAGGAUUGCUCAGUCCGACUGAGAUUUCCCUUUCGUUCGCAGCGGAACCGUGAAUCCUUUAAACUUUUGCAAGAAAAUGGCAGGAAAGUAUCGAAUUGUUAUGGUCCGCCAUGGCGAGUCGGAAUGGAAUCAGAAGAACCUGUUUUGCGGCUGGUAUGAUGCAAAUCUGAGCGAUAAGGGCAAGGAAGAAGCCCUGGCCGCUGGAAAGGCGGUUAAGGAAGCGGGGCUCAAGUUCGACAUCGCCCAUACGUCGCUGCUAACCCGGGCGCAGGUGACGCUCGACUCGAUACUGAAGGAAUCGGGACAGACGGGUAUUCCGAUCGAGAAAACUUGGCGCCUCAAUGAACGCCACUACGGCGGCUUGACCGGGUUGAACAAAUCCGAAACGGCGGCCAAGUAUGGCGAGGAGCAGGUGCUUAUCUGGCGCCGCAGUUUCGACGUACCGCCGCCCAACAUGGAACCGGACCAUGCGUACUAUGACGCGAUCGUCAAGGAUGCGCGCUACAAGGACGACCCGAAACCGAACGAGUUUCCGAUGGCCGAGUCGCUCAAGCUCACGAUUGCCCGCACGCUGCCGUACUGGAACGAUGUGGUGAUUCCGCAGCUAAAGGCAGGCAAGAGCAUCAUUAUUGCCGCUCACGGUAACAGUCUACGGGGCAUCGUGAAGCAUUUGGACCAGAUGACGGACGAAGCUAUUAUGGGUCUUAAUCUACCAACCGGCAUUCCCUUCGUGUACGAGCUGGACGAAAACCUGAAGCCGGUCGUGUCGAUGAAGUUCCUUGGCGACGAGGAGACCGUGCGCAAAGCGAUCGAAUCCGUUGCCAAUCAGGGCAAGGCGAAGUAAGACACCGAGCCUCGGCGUGUCGGGUAUCCGAUGUACAUUUUGUUUUGUCUCAAGCCAUGCUGAACUCGACGAGCAGCAUGUUUGGCAGUCUCGGUUUGUCUACUGUUUACCACCUGCUUCAUCAAACAUGAACUCUUUCACGAAUUCUCUUAAUGUUCUGUUUUCGUCAAUUGUUGAGUCCCGUUACUAGACAAGGCCGGUCCCGGUCAGUUAGUGUCUGCCGGUUUGUUAUUUAUUUUUAGCGUAGCUUUCGUGUAUGACACAAUCGGAUGACAUAGAAAUGUAAGAAGUUACGUAUAUCCCACGGAUCCAAGGAUACAACCGAAAUAAAGAACAAAUAAAUAUCUCCCGCGGAAUUUCAGUGGAAA